AGAUGGAGCUGUGGAGCUGUUCGCGAAGCUUGCUUCGGCCUGGGGAUUAGGUUGGUGGAUUUGGUAGCUUCAUGACAUGUCUAAAGCCCUGAUCCAUGGGCCGGAUCGGGGAGAACUUGCAGGGGCACGACUUGCCUGAAGAGAAAGACGACCCAGCGGAUCUGGAGGAGCAGGUCACGGACUUCCUGUCGCGGCACGACAUCGCGGCGGACGUGGGCGCGGCGCUGCGGAAGCUGCCUUUGGAGCGGCAGCGGGAGGUGGUGGCCGCAGACCUCACCGGGGCCAACAAGCCCUCCGCGGUGCUGCUGUCCCGCAUCAAGCGGGCCACCAAGGACCGCAAGCCGCGCCAGCGCAGGGAAAACGUGGCCGCGUUCCUGCGGAACAACACCUUCGAUGAGGACGCGUGCCGCAGCUUUCGGGACCUGGGCCCAGAGCUGCAGGGCCAGAUCAUGUCGGAGGACUUCAGCCGCUGCAGGAACCCCAGCGCCUUCCUCAUGGCGCGGAUCCGGGCCCUGAAGGACUCGUCAUCCGGCCCAAUUGGUGCCUUGCCUGGCCCAAGCUCCGGUCAGGCCAGCGACGUGGUGGAGACCUUCCUGUUCCAGCAUGGCAUCGACGAAGGGGGCCGGGAAGCGCUGCGGCAGCUGCCAGCACCGCUGCAGCUGCAAGUCUUGGCCCACGACUUUGAGAUUGGCCAAGGGGGCAGGAAUCCUUCUCAGCAUUUGGUGUCCUUGGUUGGCAUGGCCUGGGCUGGCAGCUUGAAGCCGCCCCAGGCAAUGGAUCCCCACGAGGAGUUCUUGGAUCGGCAUCAGGUGGACGUCAGGGCAAGGCAAGCUUUCUACGAGCUGACCAUGCCGUUGCGACAGGCGGUGGUGAACGAGGGCCCCAUCAUUAACUGCCACAACCCCUCUGCCGUUCUGUUCUCCCGCAUCGCCCGCUUUCGCAACACCUCCCUAGAUGCCAUGCCGCCGCAUGCGCUGCAGAUGCCAGCGUAUGGGCUGCCGCCCCAUAUGCCGCCGCAUGUGCCGCAUGUGCCACAUGUGCCGCCGCAUGUGGCACCGCAUGGGACGCCACUCAUGCCACCGCAUGGGCUGCCACAUGUGCCGCCACAUGUGCUGCACAGCAUCUCACCCUGGCCGCUGCCGCCGCCCGACUUUUCGCACAUACAGCCAGGCCCCCCUCCGCCGGGCGAGCCGCCUGGGCCCGCGCCCGCGCCUGCUUUAGCCGCGCCGGGCGGCGCCGAGGCAAAGCGGCGCAGAGUAGAGCGGGAGCCGCCGGAAUCGCGCGAGCAGGAGCCAUCUCUGGCCGUCGAGGGCUUCUUGAGGCUCAACGGCAUUGAUGCCAAGAGCUGUAGGGCCAUGCGGCGGCUGCCUCCCGCUGCCCAGGAGAAGCUGAUUGGCAUGGACUUGCGUCAGCGGAGGAACCCCUCGGCCUUCUUGUGGGCACAGAUUCAGAAGCUGGACUUGGACAGGGGUCCACCGCCUGAGAAGCCUGCAGUGAAGCAAGAGAAAGGCGAGUUGCUCUUCUUUCUUGCGCGGCAUGGCCAGACUUCUUCUGUACCUCCGCUGGUGGAGAUCACUGCUGGCACUUCGUGUUUGACAUGUGGCAGGUCCACUCAAAAUGACAUAGUCUUUAAAGCCCAGCACGCCUCCAAGAGGCAUGCCGAGUUUCACAUAGAACAUGCAUCGGGGGAGCCCCUGCUGCUGCUUAGGGAUUUUUCGUCCAAUGGCACCUGGGUGAAUGGCGCCAAGCUUCAACCAGGCCGCCCCACGCGCCUGGUGUCUGGGGACAUCGUGUCCUUUUUGCCGCCGGCGGAGGAUGCCCCGGCCUUCCAGGUGUUGGAUGCCACCAUCUCGGGCAAGCACUUCCAGCCGCAGCCGGAGCCCGUCGCGCGCGCGGUGCCGGCCCUGGCGGAUGUGCCCGAAGCGGCCGGGGAGGUGGGAGAAUGGAUCCGCAGCAUCGGGGGUGGCGGGAAGCUGAGCGCGCGGCUCAUAGAGGAGAUCGAGGAUUCCUAUGAUCACCUCCGCCAGAUCUACGACAACUACAGGAGAAACAUCAGCGAUUUCUUGGAUGUGCAUUCUGUGGAUGAUCCGGAUGAGCAAGAGAUCUUGUCAGAAGCAAUCGCAACGCUAUGUUCUUGGCAGCGAGCCGAGAAUGAUUAGUGAAUCAGCAAGUGCUGUCGCAUC